CGGGGCGGCGGCGCUCUGCAGCGCUGGAGGAGGCGGUUGUGGCUCGCAAGGCGAUCGCGGCUGCGAGCGGCGUCUCUUCCCGGCCAUGUCCGCCGCCUGUUGUCGCCCGCACCCCGCUCCGGAGCCCACGCUGGGCAGGGCUAUCCCCGGCCCUAACAAGCUGCUCGACUUGGCCGAGGGAGUCGCUUUGCCUCCGGGAGACUACGGCACCACGCCUGGCGGCACCCUCUUCGGAACCACGCCUGGCGGUACCCGCAUUAUUUAUGACCGCAAAUUCUUAAUGGCAUGCCGAAAUUCUCCAGUUGCUAAAACACCACCUUGCAACCUUCCAGACAUUCCAGGUGUGACAAAUCCAAGUAUGGAUGAGCUCCAGACAGAUAUCAACUUAAUGUCUGCUGACGACGAGAAACCAGGCUUAGGUGAAGAAGCCCAGUUCGACAUAGAUAUCUGAAAUCUCUUCUCUGAGGACAGAGGAGUUGUUUUAUUCCUGAUGAAGAUGAGAUAUCAAUAACGCUUCCCAAAAUGAGAGAGGCUUAUAGAAUAGCCCACGCUAUGCAAAGCUUUUCAGGAGAAAUGGUUCAUCGUAUUAAAGUAAUAAUAAUAAAGCUGGGAAAAAAGAGGACAUUUCUUACUACCUAAAGACUGAAGACAUUGGUGGGGUUUUUGGGUGUUUAGCUUUCAGGGAGGAAGGAUGCUAAAGAGAGAAGGAAGUUUGUUUUUUGUUUCUGUGCCUCAAAUCUUAGUGCCUUUGUUCCAUAAAUGUUGAGUUGGAGCCAGAGACUGACACAGGGACACUUAAGUAAUCAUGUUGGAUGUAGACAAUUAAUGCAGUAUCAGUUGUCUUUCAUGCAUUAAUACAGAAGCGGGUGUCCUCUUAUCCCCAUCAAUUGUAUAGCCUGUAAAUCUCCCCCUUCUUGAGAGUGAUUGAUUGUGGCUAAAAUUUUAUUACAACAUCAACAACCCAGUUGGAGAAAUGUACCAGGACCAGGAGGAACCUGGUGACAAAAAAAAAAAAAAAAAGAGUCAGAUGCUUGCUCAAUUGCUUUGUACUGCAAUUUUUUCCUCAGAUUCCGUAAGAAUUUAAUGGUCUGAUGAAAUCAACUCACCCAUAUCAGCAGAUUGUUUGAUAUCACUCCUGAAAGAAAAUCCUAUUUUCUUUUCGAUUCUGAAUGUGCUAGAGGAAGCAAAUUCAUCUCUUUCUCUCUUUUAAAAAAAAAAAAAAAAUCUAAGAAAAAAAAUGUCUUUAAGGUGGGAAAAUGUUGCUGUGGACAAGCAGGCAGCCUUGCAAGUCCUUGUUUUUCUUUCUUUACAGGGCUACGUGUAGAUCUGUACACAUUCUUCACUGUACCGAAAAUUAAAUAAACUGUUAAAAUUGG